AUGGUUGAUGCAUCUACAUGCAUGACUACGUCAAAUCCGCAGAGCAAUUUGCAAGUUGAAGUACUGAAAACAGAGAAGUUUCAGUUUAAAAAUGAAAUAGAAAAGCUAAAAUUUAAACUGGAAUCAUGUAAAUUUUGUCUUAGCUAUGUAGUGGCAAGAAAUAAAGAGACAUACUACACGGGAUUUCCUUCACUGCAAAGUUUAAAUGCCUGCUAUAGGUUUUUGGGCCCUGCAGUAGACAACCUAAUAUAUUGGAAUGGAGGUAAAUCUGAGAUAAAGGCAGACUUUAAAGGUAGAGGAAGACCUAGAGCACUUGCACCACUUGAAGAGUUUUUUAUGGUUCUGGUUCGAUUACGUCUUGGUCUAUUUGAAGAAGAUUUGGCUGAUAGAUUUAACAUAAGUUGCUCAACUGUAUCUAGAAUAUUUACUACUUGGAUCAACUUUCUGAAUCUUAAAUUUAAGGAAAUUCCUUUAUGGCCUCCAAGGCAAGUUAUCAAUAACAGUAUGCCAGCUCAUUUUUCAGAGAAAUACCCUUCCACACGAGUGAUAAUAGAUGCUGGCAAGAUAUAUGUAGAAAAGCCUUCUCUUCCUGAUGUGCAACAGUUAACAUUUUCUACAUAUAAAAAUGAUAACACUUACAAGGUUUUAGUAGGAAUAUCUCCAUCUGGUGCAGUAACAUUUGUAUCUGAUCUUUACCCUGGCAGUAUAUCAGAUAAAAAACUGAUUCAUUUUAGUGGUAUUUUGAAGUUGCUAGAGAAAGGAGACAGUGUAAUGGCAGACAGAGGUUUUGACAUACAGGAUGAUUUGACUCCUAUUGGAGUUAAAGUUAACAUACCACCAUUUUUAAGAGGCAAAAGCCAGCUUGAUGCAAAUGAAAUGAUAGAAACUCGUAGAAUAGCUUCAGAACGUGUGCAUGUUGAACGAAUGAUGGGAAGAAUUAAGAACUUCCAUAUAUUUGAUAGAUCACUACCAUCUUCACUGACUGAUUUAGCUAAUCAAAUAUUUUUUGUUUGUGCAGUAUUAUCUAAUUUCUGGCCUCCUUUAUGCUCAUGA